UUGCUUGCCUGGGGAAAGUCGCAGUUGUCGAUUCCAGCGUAUGGUUCAGCUUGGAUAUUCUUUUCCGCGAACCAUUUUCCCGCCCGGCGGGUUCUAGGUGGGGGUGCGAGGAUGUGCUGAUAGUAGCUGGCUGUAGGACACAUUUUAAGUGCGGCGCCAGAGUGAUAUCUGUGGAAGGCAGUAUUUUUUGUGCCGGACCAUUCGGAUUAGCGUAGCACAAUGAAAACUGGACGAGGUUUCGAAUUAGCCAUAAUUUGGUUGCUGCACGCUCGGCUGAAUAGCGGUUACAAAUCAUAUGAGGAAUCGCAGCAAAAAAUUGUCGGUGGAAUUCAGGCGAGGGAACCGAUUCCAUACCAGGUAUCGAUACAGAUUAUGAUCAAUUCGUUCUAUGGCUUUGGGCCGAAAACAUGGGCGCACAACUGUGGAGGGUCGAUCAUUACCGCGCACCACGUGCUAACUGCGGCUCACUGUCUGGACAAAAUUGAUCCCUCCCGGAUCUCGGUAGUUUCCGGAACGAAUGAUCUGCGAGAAAAAGGAUCCCACGGGCGUCGUACCAUGGUCAGUUGGCACAAAAUCCAUCCGGAGUACAAGGAGCUGGACAAGUGUGACAUUGGCAUCGUCCGGGUUGCGGACGCCUUCCAUUUUGAUCAGAAAACCUUAGCCAUCAAAUAUUCGAACCAUUCUGUAGCUGGAGGAGUUGAUUGUCUUCUAACCGGAUGGGGUUUCACGAUGCCGGUUCGUGUCGGGAAAACUCCACAGGAUCUGCAGAAGGCAACACUCAGGACCAUCACCAAUGAAGAGUGCAUCAAUCGAGGCUUUCCGGUGAACCCAACGGAAAUCUGUACCUUCACGAGAGCCGGACAGGGUGCCUGUGGGGGUGACUCGGGUGGACCGUUAGUCCUGAAGGAUGAAGUGGUAGGAGUAGUUUCGUACGGUACCAGAUUCUGUGGUACCGGAUCGCCGGAUGUUUUUACCCGCGUUUCCAUGUUCAAGGAGUGGAUUGACGCGACUGCGGUUUGAGUUUUGCAUGUUUGUUUUUGGGCUUUAUAUAAGGUAUAUCCUUUUGCUGUUAUUAAUGUGCUGUUGGUUAAUUUUUGUUUAAAUAAAUUAAU